AUGGCAGAACCCCCAGGGGCUUUGCCCAGCCUGCCAGCCCUCAACUCUCAGGGAUUUCUGGAGCAACUCAGGAAGCAGUUCCCCAGGCUCCCAGAACACUUGCGAGCACAGCUGGAGAACAUGGACCGUUCGUAUGAUCCUGUUGUUCCUUUGCAGCUCCAGAAGAUUCUGCAGGAUCUUCAGGAGUAUCACAAACAGGGUUCCGGGGCCUCGAGGAGGAGGGGAGAAGCUCAGAGCAAAUGCACGUCUUCCUCCCCUCAAAACCUGGAGAAGGCCACCCCAGGUAAGCCAUUUACUCCUGGUGAACAGCCCGAGCAGGACUCCUGGGGGCCGGCCAGCCCCAAGGCUCCCUGGCACCCCAGAGUCAGGCCCCUGCGGCCCUCCAGUCUCCAGGGCCCAGCCCUCAGCGAUGUCGUUGCCACGAGGCCAUCUGACUGGCUCCAGCAGCUCUCCCGAGCGGAAGAGGCUGCAGCUAGCCAGCUGGACACGAAGCCCCCCUGGGACGCCGAACCCCAGUUUUGGGAGGAUGUUCUGACUGAGCAACUCUGGCAGAUUCUUGUCGGGCUCCGUGAUGAAGCAGAUGGGCCAGGACAUGGGACGACAGAACAGGCACCAGGCCUGGAAAGCCAGGGCCCCGGACCACAUCACCAGAGGGCAGAGCCUGCUGCCGAAGACACCCCAGACACCACGGUGCUCAGCCGGCCUGUGCCCUCCCCCGGCUCCCCCGAGGGUCCCAGGAACGCAGAGAGCACAGGUUCCGGGGGAACGCCAGGGGGGAGACUCUUCCACGCAGCCCAGGAGUCUGCUCGGAGGCCCUGUCAGUUUCUAAAGCCCAUAUGCUGGGACCCCGAAGACUUCGAAGACACGUGGGAGAGGCCGGACGCCCUGCCCUGGCAAGCCAAGAAGCUGGCCGUCCCACACAGGAUGGAGAAGAUGCGGGUGCUGACACACGGGGAGACCCUGCUUGUCACCACCAUCAGCAGCUUCACCAGGCACGCGUUCACCUGUGGCAGGAGUGGUGUCAAGGUGUGGAGCCUGGUGGGCCAGGUGAUGGAGGACAGGUUUCCUGAGAGCCACCUGACCAUACAGACCCCCGGUGCACACCUGCGUACCUGCCUGCUGACCCCAAGCAGUAUGACCCUGCUCAUGGGCGGCAACAGCCUGGCUGGCGUGACCGUGUGGGACUUGCGGGCCCCUUCCCUGCACAUGAGGGAUCAGCUGCCCUGUGUGGAGUCCACCUGCCAGGCCCUGGCCGCUAACCUCAAGGACAGCCUGGCCUUGGCCGGCUUCAGCGAUGGCACCGUCAGGAUCUGGGACCUGCGGGACCAGAGUGUGGUCAGGGACCUGCCGGGCGCUCAGGAUGGAGCCAGGAACCUGGUUGUCAGAGAGCAGCAAGUCUGGACCGGGGGCCUGGACGCCUGCCUGCGGUGCUGGGACCUGAGGUCCCCCAGGGAGCCCCAGGAGUACCAGUUUGAUUCCCAGAUCAUGAGCCUGUCCCCCCACCCCCGGGAGGACCUUCUCCUGGUGGGCACAGCGACGGGCCAGCAGUGGCUGCAGCCCACCCACGGGGGCCAGAAGUACACAGUGGGGUGCAAGGACAGCACCAUCCUGGGUCUCCGCUUCUCCCCACUGGGUCAGUGGUGGGUGAGCGUUGGGACGGACAACCUGGUCAGCGUCUACAGCAUGCCCACGGGGACGAAGGUGUUCCAGGUCCCCGAGACCUCCUGCAUCGUAUGCUGCGAUGUGUCCCCAAACAACCGCCUGAUCAUCACGGGGUCCCAGAAGCAGGCCACGGUGUACCAGAUCACCUACUGAGGGGCUCCCCACGGAGGGGUUUCUUCGGUGCCGCCCCAAUGGGCAGCUGC